AUGAAUUAUGGUCACUGUUAUGCUAUAUUGUUUGAUGAAAUCUACGAACAUGUUUUAAAAGAAGGGUUCUUUCAUCAGAUUCAUCAUGCCGCUCGUUAUAUUGUCAAAAUCGCUCAAGACGAAGAUACCUUCAAGCCUAGUCCAGCUUUAAAAUGCAUACUCGAAAAUAUUCGAAGAGCUGGAUGUGGAGGCUAUGUAAUACUUAUGGGAAAUGGAAUUCAACUAGAACGUCUGAUAAGAUUUGGAGAUAAGACACGCAUUCUAGACACACGUGCCCACUACAUAAUAAUGCAUAAUUAUCGACUAUUUACGCCUCAGAUGCAUUACGUUUGGAAACGCAUUGUCGAUGUUCUUUUUGUGCGAGCUAUAAGAAAAAUGAAAAUUAAAAGGACGACACUGAACCAGGAUUACUCGCCUGUGUAUGAAUUAAGCACUGUUCCGUUUCCUAUGCCAAUAAAAGGAGUGUUUUUCUCAAAAAUUAUAGAUUUUUGGCAAGCUGGUAAAUUUUGGUUGACGAACAGAACGUUUUUUAGUGAUAAAACCAAUGACCUUCGCCACCAAAAAUUGCACGUCGUUGUGCUGGAACAUACACCAGCCGUAUUCAUCGUGCAAUCUAAAACAGUCUACUACGGGCUUGAAGUCGAACUACUUAAAGCAAUUUCAAAGGCCUUGCGCUUCGAUGUGAUUUUCUACGAGACUUCCGACGCAGCUGUUGAACAGUGGGGUACACUAAAAAAUAAUGAAACUCUUACAGGUCUGCUUAGAGAAAUGCACGAAGGAAAGGCAGAUUUCGCUCUCGCAGAUUUACAUCAUACUGAAUACAAUCUUGGUUUCAUGGAUCUCAGCAUACCCUACAACACAGAAUGUUUAACGUUUCUUACUCCCGAAGCAUUGAGCGACAACUCAUGGAAAACCUUAAUUCUGCCAUUCAACGGAGAAAUGUGGGCAGGUGUAAUGAUAUCCUUGUUUUCCGUUGGGUUCGUAUUUUAUGCAUUCUCUAAAACGCUGCACUGCAUUCACCAUCAUGAUGGAGGUUAUCAACCUGAGCAUGAUCUACUUCAGCGACAUCACGAUCGUAAUGAGCGGAAAUUCAACCCAUUUAAAAAGCAUCGUAUCAGAGCAACGCGUAAAUUGAAAUUGCUUUAUCGCCAUAAACGAUUAUUUCGCAAAUCUGAUACCUCAUUGAACUGCACCGCUAAUAAUCUGAAAAAAUUACAAAUGAUAUCCUUUAAACGGAAACCGGAACCGUGGCAUGAUCCUUCACCAUCUUACGAUAUAUUCGAUACCUUUUCGGGAUGCAUUAUCUACACUUAUAGCAUGCUACUACUGGUAUCACUGCCUCGUUUACCUUCGGGAUGGCCCCUUCGUGUCCUAACUGGAUGGUACUGGGUGUAUUGCGUGCUGGUUGUAGUCGCAUAUCGAGCAUCUUUCACGGCGAUACUUGCAAACCCUAUUCCCCGAUUGACGAUUGACACGUUGCAGGAUUUGGCCGAAAGUUCUAUCAACUGUGGCGCUUGGGGUCAACAAAAUAAGCUUUUUUUUCAAAUGGCACUAGAUCCUUACUCACAAACGAUAGGCGCCAAGUUAGAACAUGCGACAGAUCCUAAUCAAGCGGUAGAAAAGGUUAGCGAAGGGAUGUACGCUUACUAUGAAAACAUUUACCUUCUGCGACAACUUCGAGCCACUAGGAAGUCGGAGAAAGCACGACAAACGCUUCACAUUAUGCAGGAAUGUGCAGUUCAAAUGCCGAUAUCGAUUGGAUUGGAAAAAAAUUCUCCAUUAAAACAUCAAGUCGACCGCCAUGUUCGAGCUUUGAUCGAAGGAGGUCUCACCAGAAAAUGGCUUUCAAAUGCAAUUGAACGGUUUCAGUCCAACAUUGAAAUUCCACCUCAAGAAGCUAUAAUAGAUUUGAAAAAAAUGUACGCCGGUAUAGCCGCUCUCUGUAUUGGUUAUGUUUUAGCUGUUUUCGCUUUUAUCACGGAAAAAAUAUACUGGCGAUAUUAUAUUGAAACCAAUCCUUCAUUUGACAAAUAUCUUCAUGGUUUUACAUUUUGCAAACGACACUAA